AUGGAAGGGCUCAACCAGACCAGGGUGACCCAUUUUGUAUUCUUGGGGCUGACGACUAACCAUGGGCUUGAACUGGCCCUUUUUGUGCUCUUCUCUGUCAUCUACCUGCUCAUCCUGGCAGGAAACCUCCUCAUCAUCGUGACGGUGGCUUGCAACCGGUGCCUCCACAACCCCAUGUACUUCUUCUUGGGCAACCUCUCCUUCAUUGACAUCUGCCACUCCUCCGUCACCGCCCCCAAGAUGCUCCGGGACUUCCUGUUCACCCAGAAGACCAUUUCCUACGGUGGCUGCGUGGCACAACUCUUCUUCCUCCACCUCUGUGCCUGUGCUGAGAUCUUCCUCCUGACCAUCAUGGCCUAUGACCGCUACAUCGCCAUCUGCCACCCGCUGCAGUACAUGUCCCUCAUGAACCUGAAGGUCUGUGCCUGGCUGGUGGGCUCCCUGUGGGUGGGAGCCGCCAUCCAUUCCUUGGUGCAGACGGCCCUCACCGUCCACCUCCCCUAUUGUGGACCUAACGUCAUUGACAGCUUUUUCUGUGAUGUCCCCCCAGUCAUCAAGCUGGCGUGCACUGAUACUUACUUGACUGGAAUCCUUAUUGUGUCCAACAGUGGCAUGAUCUCCUUGGUUUGCUUCCUGGCCUUACUGGCUUCCUAUGUCAUCAUCCUGGUCUCGCUAAGAGGGCGGACAGCAGAGGGGAGGCGCAAGGCCCUCUCCACCUGUGCGGCCCAUUUGCUGGUGGUGGCGCUGUUCCUGGGGCCUUGCAUCCUUCUCUACACCCGCCUUGCUGCCAGCAAGAUGGACAAAGUGGUGGCCGUCUUCUACACGGUGCUGACGCCUGUGCUCAACCCGGUGAUCUACACCCUGAGGAACGAAGAGGUGAAAAACUCGAUGAGGAAACUGAGAGACCGGAAGAUCUUCUCCAGGGGGAAGUGA